AUGGAAAAAGGAAAUGGAAAAAUCGACAAAUGCAUUGCGAUUUAUGAAAGUAAAAUAGAAAACCUUUUCACAAAACUAGGAUCUGUUCUUUCAAAACAUCCAAAGAAAACGCUGACAUGCUGUGUGUUGGUAAAUAUUUUGCUAUCGCUAGGUAUGAUCAAUAUAAAAUUCCAAUACGAUGUGGAGACACUAUACAUCCCAGUUGACAGCAAAUCAAUUAAGGACCGAAACAGCAUUGAAGCAUUAUAUGAGGAUCCAACUGGAUCCAACUUUGCAGCAUAUCAGUUAACAAGAGAAGGUCUCUAUGCAGACAUUCUGAUUAUGUCUAGAGAUAACUCGAGCAUCAUGAAAACAGAAUAUAUUACUGAAAUCAACCUCAUAGACAAUUACAUUCGACAACAAAUAACAACUCACGACAUUGGAACAUCCCUCUAUAAAUAUGAGAACAUUUGUGCAUUAGGUCCAAGUGGAUGUGAAGUGGUGGGAGGUAUCUUAUUAUCUCCACAAUUUCAAAGAGAAUUUCUUAACAGAAAUGUGACGUUUCCCGUUUAUAAUAGAGUUUCUUUGGCUACUUUGUUUGCAAAACCAGUAUCAAAAAGUGGUCGUUUGAUACACACGAUAGGUCUUAGGAUGCGUUAUUAUCUUCGACAAAACACAACCGCUGUAUCCAGAUUGUCUCAACAAUGGGCGAACGUUUUCAUCAAAAAUAUGAAAACGUUGAAAACAAAUUUGACUUCAAUUGCUUUUUCCAAUUCUGAAUCAUUGAGUAAUGAAUUAGACAAUAUACAAGAGAGUGCAACAGUGUAUUUCCUUGUAACCUUACUUCUGAUGGUUGCUUAUGCAUCUAUUUCUUCGGCUCCUUUCAACUGCAACAACGUGGCGAAUCGGGUGAAUUUGGCAUUUGCGGGUAUCUUUGCAUCUUUAUUAUCGAUAGCUUCUUCUUUCGGGAUAGUCAUGGCUUUUGGGGUGGAAUUCACGACAGUCGCAGGAGUGAUUCCUUUCCUUAUUAUAGGCAUUGGAAUUGACGACAUGUUUAUCCUUUUAUCCGGUAUGGCUGAUGCCCCUCCAAUAUCUUCGUCCACAAUCGAGGAGCGGAUGGCAUUUAUGUUGAAAAAGAGUGGCAUAGCAAUAACCAUCACGUCUUUAACGGACAUGCUAGCAUUCAUCAUUGGAGCAUCUGCUGUAUUUGUCAGCAUUAGAAUAUUUUGUAUAUACACAGCUGUUGCAGUUUUUUUCUGUUAUAUGAACCAACUGUUUUUGCUGUGUCCUGCAAUUGCUAUCAACGAGAACCGUACUGAACAGAAAAGACAUUUUUGUUGCUGUGCCCUACGAGUUAAAUCUAAAGAAAGCUACAGGAAAAGGUCGAAGUGUUUUAUUCAGUGUUUUGCCGGUCAUCAGCCAAAAAGUCGAGACGACGUUGAAAGUCCAAUGGAAAAGUACCCGAAGAGAUUGAUGUAUUUAAUUCUUCAGGCCAAGAUAGGAAAACUUGCAGUAGCGCUAAUGUUUUUGAUUUACAUUGUUAGUUCUAUUUAUGGAACGUUGAAUUUAAAACAUGGACUUGACACUUACAAUUUGGUUUCAAAAGAGUCUUAUUACUAUAAAUAUGGUAUUUGGGAUAAAACUUAUUUUACCUCGGAACCGUUGGUUUCGGUGUUUAUAAAAGAUAAUCAUCAAUAUAAUUCGCCUUACUUUCAAAGCAACUUACGUUCACUCAUCCUUACUGUAAUAAAGGAUAAGAAGAUAGAUGACAAUUUUGAAAUCAAUUGGUUAGAAGCUUACAAAAUGUCUCCUUUUUAUACCAACGCCUCAGAGAAUAAUUUUACAGUAGGAUUGGUGGAUUUUCUUCAAUCACCACAGGGGCAAAUGUACUCGAACGAUAUUGUAAUAAAUAAAACAAAUCUCGAAAUCCUCUCGUCAAAAGUUCACCUAAAAACUUUUGAUUUAAAAACUUCUGAAGAAAAAGGAGAUUUCAUGAUACGUAUUAGGCAUAUUGAAAAACAAGCACCCUUUCACUGCAUUAUUUUUAGUCCGAUUUUUAUACUCUGUGAACAAUAUAUUCAAAUUAUGCCAACAACACUGCAGACGGUUGGUAUUACUUUGGUGGUAAUUCUGUUAAUCAAAUUUUUGUUCAUGCCAAUUUUACUUGUAGUUUUUGUAGUGGCAUUGACGCUGCUGAGCAUUAUUGUGGGAAUAUUUGGAUUCAUGUACUAUUGGGACCUUUCUCUCAAUUCAAUGACGAUGAUUCAUCUGGUGAUGAGUGUAGGGUUUUCGGUUGAUUUUAGUGUCCACAUCUGCCAUGCCUUCUUGUCUCUACGAUGUGACGACCGCGAUGAGGUGCUAAGAAAAACCUUGAACGUAACGGGCGGACCUAUCUUUAAUGCCGCAUUAUCUUCGAUGCUUGGUGUUAUUAUUCUGAUUCUCUCUAACAAUUACGUAUUCCUGUGUUUCGGAAUUUUAAUGUUUAUGGUCUUAGGAUUCGGAUUGUUCCAUGCCUGUUUAUUUUUACCGUUAUUUUUAUACUUUUUGAUGCCUUGUUUCCUCAAACAGGAUAAGAAUAACGCUAUUGGACCAAGAAAGGGUACAGUAGAAUUGAAUCAUCUUGAAACUUUCACGAUAUAUGACCCUAAACUUUUCAAAAGUAAAACUAAUCUCAAUAAUUUUUUUGCUGGUUGUGACGAGUCGGAAUUCAUACCUAACAAAACUGAUUCAGUGCCUCCAAACUAA